AUGGAGGAGUAUUUCACGCCUCUAGAACAACUUCCCGAGCCAGCGAUGGGUUUCCCGUACGGAUCUCAGCCCCUAGGCGAACAGACAUGGCCCAGCCACUAUCUACCUCAGACUCACCACGGUUCGUUUAGCAUGCUAUCGCAGCAUGCUUCAGUCGAACCCUCAUGGCAAUGCAAUCAGCACCCAGGACCAGCUCAAGUGCAAACGGCACCAAAUUCACCGGAGACUCUUCAAAUGCCCAGCCUCGAUCUCGGGACACUGUCGCUUGCCAGCACCGGCGAUAUUGAAGACGAUCAGGAAUUGGUCGGCAUGGGCUUGUAUGAUUCUCCCGCCGAAGUCCAGUCGUCAACAUUAUUUGGAGGUAUUCCCUCUGGACGCAAGACAUUGAAGCUGGAGGAGUCUUUUGAGCCCACGGAUCUGAACGGAGAAGAUGAUGAUGCUGGCGGGGAAGAGGACGCAGACGGUCAGGAGGAGGAAGUCUUUGAGCUCGAUGAACCACAAAACGAUACCCAUGAUUCCCUCGACAAGGCCGAAUACCCUGACCAGUCGUCCAUCGCGAGUCAUCUCACGUAUGGUCUCCCAUCAGAGGUGAAUCCGAUCGCUUAUAAAUACUUGUCGACUUUGAGCCAGCUGAACAGCGCAUAUUAUCCUGCUGCAUCACAUGGCUACGUUUGGAUAUGA